AUGGCCCAAUUAACACAGAAAACCACCGGGCCUUUUCAAACCCUCUUUGAUGCGAUUGAACGAAGCGAUGGGCUUUACUUUCAACAAGGCUCAGCCAAUGCCAGCGAUGAUUCACUUCAAACUCUCUUAGCUGAAAGGGCAAAUGAUCUGUCUCUCGGUCUUGACCAUUUCACACCACCAUCGGACGCAUCUCAAUCCAAACUUACCAACAGCACAACUAGCAUUAUCGUCGACAAAAAGACGAUAAAAAUUGACGCUGCAGCAAAAGAUGUCAUUAACGAGCUCUCACACGAUCUUCAAUUGAAUCAACUUCAAGCUGCUGUGAUUUGGGACGCAUGUACAUCUGUUGACAAGGACGCUCAGUGUGACCUUAUUUCACAGGCAACAAACUUUUAUUAUCAAGAACGACUUGCCAUACUCAAAGUUGUCAGUUCAAUGCUGCGAAUUUCACAUGAUGAUGAACACCCAUGGACAUUUACAGCGCGCGAAGCAAUCGACAAUCUGUUAGAAAAGGGAUAUGUUGAACGAAUCUUAACCCAAUUAGAGCAACUUAUGAAAAAAACUGCACCUGAAAUGACAGUGAAAAACCUCAAACAAUGGGCACUUCAGAAUGUACACGAACAAAAGGCUUUACUCGAUAUACUUUAUCUAGUUCACCUCAAUAGAUCCUGCGAACCUCAACUUUUAGUACACAUGAUAGAACUAUGCCAAUCGACUAUGUUUGGAAUGCGCCUAGAUUUUGAUUAUGCAUUUGAAGAAGAAGGAAAAUCACUCCAAAAACAGGUCUAUGGAAAACUCAUACUCACCGCAGUUCAACUACUUGAUCUCAAUACUCCUUUGGAUGCUUUAUCUGGAUUACACAACAAACACAUCCAACAAAAAUUUUUAGCCACCUGCCCUGACAUAAUUAUUGAAAUAAACGACAAGGUAUCGGCCAUGAAAAAUAUUCCUUUAGCUUCUGUCUUCUUACUGGGAUGGAGCUGUUUCCUUCACAAAUUAAACAUGUGGAUCGACAAAGAACGCCCUGACACCGAUUACACUCCUGUAAAAAACAUUAUAAAACAAGACGACAACCAUUCACUCGAUACUACAUUAGCAACAAAGUCUCUAGAAUUGGAUGCUUUAAAUUAUAUUUCUAGUCUUUUGGAAAGCUAUUUACUUGAGGAGGAUCCGAACCAAAACGGCUAUCGUGCCACCAUACGAACAAUUCUUGAUGGACUGACAGAAAUAAUUCGCCCCUAUGCACUACCAUCAAAACAUUAUGAUUGUUUGGUAGAUGCAACCUGUAAAUUGUAUAAAGGGCAAACUGAGCUAUGCGAAAUGUUCUGGGAAGCUGAGGAACAUGCUGAUGCCCACUCUCUCUUGAACACAGCAACUUGUCGAUUCCCUUUUAUAUCAACACCAUUGCUCCGCUUAUUGUCGAGCCUUACAGGUUCCAGAGAGGAUGAAGAUCAAUCAAAUUCCCUGGCUCAAAAUGUUUUUGAUAAACUUCUUGAACUUACUACCCUCACAAGUUAUGUUGUUGAUAAUGUAAUGCUUGGAGAAGACAAUCGUGGUAUAUAUCCACUCGCUCCCAUUCAGAUAGCCAAAACUCAUGGGCCGGUCGCAGGAAUUCAGAUUGACGCAGAUAACGAAGGAAUACUUUUAUCAGACCAAAAAUUGAAUAGAAUCAUAGCAUGGAAAAAAACAUAUUCUGGAUGGCAUUUAAUGUUAAAUACACUUUUUGGAUUUGCAGAAUAUCCUCAAGCAACGACGGACUCUAUCGAUCCUGUCUUGGAACUAAUGCAGACCAUUUUAUCGCACGACAACAUAUUAAAACAAAUGAUAAAGCAUGCAGAAGAUAUCGUAACUCCCAAUUCGCAAUCAACAAGGCGCCAACCAUUGUUGGUAGCAGUAUUUACUGAUCUAUUGGAUGUAUGUACUGCGAUGGACAACCCAUCUCCUCCAACUCUUACACGUAUUGUACGGUGCAUGACAUCGCUGCUGCCUUAUUACCGUCAACUAGUGUGGAAAAAUAUCGGUGCUUCACCCAGCCUCACUGUCAAAGACUCUCUAAAUUAUUUGAUAUUAGACGUCCGACCUAGUAUACAGCAAAUUAUUCGUUCAAUUGAAUGCAAAAGUGGCCGAUAUAGUUUAUUACUGUCUGUCCUGGAUCUCAUUGUUGCUCUUAUUAACGAUACUCAAGCUGAUUGGUGGGAAACUGAAAACGUUGACAUAUCGAGAAAAGAAAAGGCUGGAAUACUUAAAUCGUACAUAUCCUAUUUGUUAUUCGAUAUUUUACCCAAUCAUGGUACCUGGCGGUAUUUCUCAUUAUCUGAACGUUUCCAGAUUGGCUCGAAAAUCUAUUGGAUCCUAAUCUACACAACGAUGUACUUCAAGAGCUUGGACAAGGAUCUGAAUGAACUGAGAAAAACAGUAUAUAGUUAUUUCUUGUAUGAUGCUAACCCGUUUUAUCUGGCGCCCUUAUUGGAAUGUUUGACCGAGGGACCUGGUGUGGCAACAAAACUCUUAGAAUCCCAACAGUACACAGCUGGAGACGAAGCGGAACAGAUGGUCGAAUCUGGACUUAUCUUCACACGAUUAUUGCUGACUUACCGCCUCGAAGAUAUCGCUCGCCAUCCUAAAGGAAGUGUACUAGAGCAAUUGUUGCUGGAAAGAACUGGAAAUACCAAAACCAAGACACUCCUACAAAUCGCCCAGGCUAUUAGCUAUACCUAUUCAGAUAGAAUUCCGACUGAGGCUAUAACUAUCUUAAGAUUGCUCGCCCAGACAACAUCUGGAUGGACACCAGUACCUAUGUUCGCAGAACAACUCGGUGACAGAGACCAGAUAUACGCUAUUCUGUGUUCAUUCCUAGAAGUUGCUGAAAACUCCUCCCGUGACCCUGAACUUUUGGUUGCUAUUUGGCAAAUGCUGACUGUCUUGUUAAAGACUCAGCCCAGUCUGGCAAUACUGUUCCUUGAUUGUGGCGAUUCCGUUAUGCCCAGUCCCAAAUCUGCUGUUAAACAACAAAAGACUGUAGAAUCAGGUUCAGCUGUCAAGGCAGCCGUAGACUUAUUCCAAAAUUGGCAAAUGUGGGCAACCGAUGCUCCAGCAGUGCUGUCAUCCGUAUUGCGUUUCUUGGCUACAUUUUGGGAGACAGCAUUUGAUCACUAUAGCCUUGUUCAACGAACACGAAGUGACAAUGCAUUAUGGUUAGGUAUAUCCGAGAUCUUGUUAAACCCUAAUGAGCCUGUCAUGACCAACGAGGACCUUUCAUGGGAAGAUGACAAAACAUCCCAUCACGAUGAUACCCAACGUGCAUGCUGCAGUUCGCUCGACAAAGCAUUUGCCCUUCAGAUUCUUACUUUCGAAAUACACUUAACGGCUCACGCAGAUAACCGCAACAAUAUGACCUUAGCUGAGCGAUUACCCGCAGGUGUCAAGACUUUAUUGGUGAAGAUGAGCGAACCUAGCAAGUUGGCUUGGAUGAGAGACACGUUUAUUAGAAAUAACUUUGAUCCCUCUCUUGCAUCAACAGCUCAUGAAUCUUCUCAAAAUCUUGUAAGCCUUUUGGAUUCUACACAUGCAGAAGCGUUAUUGAGCCAAAGACAACGUCUGUCGAGUGAUCCUCUGGAAGACACCUACUAUGGAGAUGACUUUUUAUACGAUAUUGAACUGGCAUAUAGACGACUAACUCUCAUGAAGGACCAUCUGAGUUCUCGUUACAAUAUCACCCCUGAUAUCGUAGUAACUCCAAAGGUGUUGGCUAUUCUACAUGUUCAAAAGACUGCAGAUCAAGUUCUUGGCGAUCUUUGUCGGGCCAACCAUAAUUAUUCGAAGGUGGACUCUGAUAUGAUUCUUCUGGAAGCUUUCAAAAAUUUUAUUGAUACCGCUUCUUACCAAGUACCUGGGCUAAUCUGGGCCAACAAACUCGAAACCUCACUUUUUGAUUUUAUUAUGAAUGCACUUACGCGUAUGGGAAACUUGAUAAACCGUGAUGAUAGUAUAUCCAACAAGACCGCCAAUAUUAUUGCUUCUCUCGUUCGCGACACAAUUGAAGACUGGACUCGUCAAAACUCAACAACACCCGUUUACGUGCAGAAAACAUUGGAGCUUGUUUCAGAAAUGUGUGCCUUGGUUAACAAACCUUUCAAGGAUACAACUCGACAUUUACUGCUUGAGACUAUUUUGAUCGCCCUGCGAUCUGUGCGUAACAGAGAUUUGACCAGACAACCACCUCGAAUCAAUGAUUCUCUCUCCCUACUCUUGGGUGUCGUGUGCCCUUUGUUUGCGAGUACCUCACAGCUUGCCCUGUAUGAGUCUGAAAAAUCAGAGGAGUUAAAGGAUGAAGCUAUCAAACAAAGCACUGUAUUGACAUUCUUGUUGCGAGAGUUAGUACGACCUGCAAAUCUUGUCUACAAUAUUUGGCUCCCUAUAUUGGAGAGACACUCAACACUGCCCAGUUUGCUCAAGUUCAUUAAGCAAGCUAUUGCUUUAGUGGUUCUUGAAAUAAAAUGCAAAUCUAAAGAAACAGACUACAGCUUGCAAAUCUCACCAUGUGCCGAUAACCUACUGUCUUUGUUAACAGCUCUGUCGAUGCAGCCCCAGGCAACCAGAUUAUUGAUUCAGCAUGAAAUAUUUACUCUCUUGAAUGACAACUCUCUUAGUCUCCAACUACGCGACGGUACUUUGGAAACCUUCAUUGAAUGUGGCACCCAAAAGGAAUACAAUCCAUUGCAUCAUCUUUGGUGCCAUAUGCUUCGUGUGAUGGCAAAUAUCUUGCACGCCUGUCCUAUCAAUUCUGUCAUUCAGCAAACUUUAAUAUUUUUGGAAAGAUACGGCGCUAGAUUGGAAAUCGCUUUCUUUACUGCAAACGGAGUAUCUGAUAUCACCGCCGACUCACUUUCAGAACCUAUUAUGAUCGAGAUUGAACUUCUCUGUACACUUAUUCAAUACCUAUCCAAGUACCUUGAAAUGUCACUAGCGAAUGGACAGGAUAUCUUUAGCGCAUUCAAUAAUGCGGCAUUUCCUUUACUGCGAGUGUAUUUGGAUCUUUUCACUCAUCCCAAGCAACUUGAGCGUACUCUUCCCAAGUGUGCCUCCAAAAAGGCCACACAAGUUCGCAUGGCUCGCAUCUCAAGGACAAUAUUACUGUCUAUGGCAAUGCUCUUUAAAGAAGAAGAAUUCCGGACGGAUUCUUCAUCUAAAUGGCCCAUUUAUAAAUCAACUAAACCACCUACCAUCGAAGGCCUUAUAAACAGUAUGAUAGUUGGUAUCAAUUAUAUCGAUCAAUGGAAAAGUCAAAAAGAUAAAGAAGUCUGGAAUAAGGAAGGUCAGAUUACCAGCAUCUCUGUCGUCUUUGCCGAAUUAUUCAGAGUCGUACAGCGCUACCACAAACUCCUGAGUCUAAGCUCCUGA